AUGUAUGCGGAUCAGAAGGUACGAGAUUUAGAGUUCGCCGUUAGUUAUCAGGUUCUAUUGAAGAUUUCACCCAUGAAGGGUGUUAUGAGUUUUGGGAAGAGAGGUAAGUUGAGUCCGAGGUAUAUUAGGCCAUUUGAGAUCAUUGAUCGCGUGGGCGAUGUUGCUUAUGAGUUGGCCUUGCUACCAGGCUUGGCAAGCGUCCAUUCAGUUUUUCAUGUGUCUAUGCUGAACAAGUACCAUGCUGAUGGUACUUAUAGUGUUCGUUGGGACUCGGUAUUCCUUGAUAGUAAUUUGGCUUACGAGGAGGAGCCUCUUGCGAUUUUGGAUAGGCAG